AUGAGUGAUACCCCAGACGGUGGACAUGCGGUAGCCGCGCCUGGGGAACCCUCCGACCCGGCGACCACCAACGAAGAAUCGAUUGCGCAAGGCAAGGAGAGGGCAAAAGAAAUCCUCGCCGCAUCCGGUAUCGAUGUCGCGAAGAAGGACUCUUCGACCGAGGUCAAUGGUCAUGAUGGCAGCCCAAACGCCAACCGAAAACGCAAGCGCGAAACACCAAUAGACCGUCUCCAAGCAGCCGUAUAUGUCGACCACGAGUACCACUACAAGGCCCUCUUAGCAGAGCAGCUGGCACAUCCAUUGCUGUCACAGGAGAAAAAGCAAGAGCUUGCGUUAUAUCAGAGCCUGCGACAACGACGAGAUCAUGACCCGGGCUCUAUUUUUGGGUAUGGAUAUAUGGGAUAUGGCAAUCCCAGGACAGAUGAGAAAAAUCUGCGCGAUCCCAUAAUCUAUCCGCGCCAAAGAAGGCCCGGCAAGAAAAAGACCUUGCCGCCCCGGGUCUCGCGAAAAGAACUCGCCAUCCAGGCAGAACAGAACGAAGAACUGGUGCCCAUACGGCUUGACAUCGACUGGGGCAAAAUCAAGUUACGGGAUACCUUCACCUGGAAUCUCCACGACCGAACGACCUCCAUCGAUUAUUUCGCUGAGAAACUGGUUGAAGAUUUCGGUCUCGAAGUCCAGAACUGCCGGCCCCUCGUUCAAGCAGUCGCAACUCAUAUGCGCGAACAGAUCAUUGACUAUUGUCCUCAGAUAUAUGCAGACGAUGAGCCAUGGGAACCGUCCCUGCCAUAUUUUGCCUACAAAAAUGACGAAAUGCGCAUUCUGGUCAAGCUCAACAUCACCAUCGGUCAAAACACCCUGAUUGACCAGUUCGAAUGGGAGAUCAACAAUCCAUUCAACUCUCCUGAAGAAUUUGCACGUCAAAUGACGAGUGAUUUGUCGCUAGCCGGGGAGUUUACCACUGCGAUUGCACACUCGAUCCGCGAGCAGAGCCAGCUGUUUUCUAAAUCCCUACAUAUUACGGGACACCCAUUCGAUGGCCGGCUGAUCGAGGAUCCGGAUUUGAGGGAAAACCUCUUGCAAUCGCCUUUGCCCACGACCUUCAGGCCUUAUCAGGCCGCCAAGGACUACGCACCGUACCUGUACGAACUCAACGAGGCAGACUUGGAGCGGACCGAGCUCUCCAUAUCGCGUGAACAGCGGAGGCAGAAACGAUCGACGAAUCGUCGUGGUGGUCCAGCUUUGCCGGAUCUCAAAGAUCGUCAACGCACAAUUCGCUCGCUUGUUGUAUCGUCUGUCAUUCCUGGCGCGGCUCUCAGCAUGGAGGAGAGUCGAAUAUUCAGAAUCACCAAGGCCAGCCGGAAGUCAGCGCGCGGUCAGCGAGAUGGGUUUGAAGAUUCCGACGAAUCAGAUAGUGAAGAUUCAGCGCCUGAUUCACCAGCCAUCCCGACUCACUUGUUACAACCAGGCACUGCCCGUACCAGAGGUAUUAGGAAUGCCGCAUUGAGUGCCACUGCGGGCAUCAGAUCGAACUUGAGCGGCUUUGCGUCGGUGAGAUCCGCGACUCCAGAAUCGGUUGCACCAACACACCAUGAUGGCCGAGCUUCUGCUAGAAAGAGAGACUACAAGGAAGAGAGCGACGAGGAAUCUGCUUCUGGAAAAUUGAUUGUGAUAUUGAAGAUCGGGAAAGCUAAGCUUCGAGAAUGGAUGCGUUCCCAACGAGCUAGGGACAGGGCAGCUCAUGUCUCCAACACGUCGAAUCAAGGCAGCCCGCGACCUGGCAGCCAUUCCAGAUCUGUAUCCGCAGCUCCUUUGAACCUCGCAGGCAUGCCGCCUCCACCAUCGCCCGUUCCAGCGGCCGCAGAUAUCCCAGGUGCUGUUGAUGCUACACCGAGUCCGAUCAAUCCACCCCCCCCACCGCCGGAUUGGCUUGUCCGGGAUUUGGAACGAUUGCGGAAGACAUAUCCAAAUGACCGCUUCGAGGCUCUCAUGAAGCACACAGCGAUUGAUCCAAAGACUCAAAAGCUUGUUGCGCCGAACGAGUCGAAUCGCUCUUUUCCGCACAAAUACGUUCCACGUAUUAGAUGUUCUGACUGUCUUGGCAAAGUAUACCUACCUGGCGAAGGGCUGAGCGCUGCGAACUUUGAGUCUCAUCUCAAGAACCGCGCUCACAGGUCGAACGUGGAUGAGCGACUGGCAAAGGAACCGUGA